GGAAUUAAUGCGGAAGUGGAAGCGCUCGCGUAGCCGGCAUGAGAGUUGUAGAGCUUUGCAUAUCCGUCAAUAUACAUAGUGAUCCACUAGCUGAUACAGUUUCCUGUUGAUGGUGGAGGCUGCUUACUGAUUGAGGGCUGAUGCUGUAAACCGUGGAUACGUUUGGUUUUCUUACUGUAUAGUCCCUUUGGUUUUAUCAUGAUUUUUGGAGUUUGGUAGUUGACCAGCUUCAUUCAUAAACAUGCCACUGUCUGACACAGCCAGUCUGCUCUUUUGUCUUGUUUUUGUUUUAUCCCUUGGCUGUGGCCACUCAAAGGAUUUCGGAUCCCUGUGUUCCACCUGUAAACAAAUCACUGAUAAUUUCGACAAGGGGUUUGAUAAAACUGCGAAGAAAAACUUUGGUGGUGGAAAUACUGCCUGGGAAGAGAGGAAGCUGUCAAAGUAUGAGACCAGUGAGAUUCGACUGGUGGAGAUUCUGGAGGGCUUGUGCGAUAGCAGUAAUUUCGAGUGCAACCACAUGGUAGAAGAAUACGAGGAGCACUUCGAGACUUGGUGGUUCAAGAAGAAAACAAAGCACCCCGAUCUACAUAAAUGGUUUUGUAUUGAAACAAUCAAAGUGUGCUGCCCUAAAGGAACAUUCGGGCCAGAUUGUAACUCCUGUGUAGGAGGAUCGGACAGACCUUGUCAUGGAAACGGUGGAUGUGACGGGGAUGGGACAAGGGGAGGAAGUGGCAAAUGCACUUGUCACCUUGGAUAUGAAGGAGAGUUUUGCCUGGACUGUGCCGAGAGAUAUUUUAGUGAAGAGAGGAACGACACAUUCUCUUUGUGCAAAGAGUGUCAUUCAUCUUGCACAACCUGCACUGGAGCCACUAAUAAGGACUGCACUGACUGCCGUGAGGGCUGGGAAGAAGAUGAGGAAGAAGCAUGCGUUGACAUUGACGAGUGCUCCAAAGAUCCUCCUCCAUGCAAAGACAAGGAAUACUGCUUUAAUACGGACGGCUCGUAUUCCUGCAGUGUGUGCGACAGCAGAUGUUCAGGCUGCAAAGGGCCGGGUCCUGGGAACUGCCUGGCCUGUGCUGAAGGCUACAAGGACGAAGAGGGCACCUGCACAGACGUGGACGAGUGCGAGCUGUCUGAAGCAGUGUGUACAGAGGAACACCAGGAGUGUGUGAACACUAAUGGCAGUUACAAGUGUCAAUGUGCAGGAGGCUUUGAGGAGUAUGAUGGAGUGUGUGUUCAGCAAGCACAACCAGAGGACAGUGAGGAAGGACCAGCUGAGGAUACUGAAGACACCAACACAGAAAAUAUUUUGGAACACCAAGACCUGUGAACGGUUGCUGCAGUUUUCGAGUCAGCCACUAGGGGUCAGUCAGUAGUGGCUCAGAACGUAUUGUGUCCACCAUAUGGUAUUUACUGUACAUAUUCGACAAACUGCACUUAAGUAACUGGCGGAAUAUGGACAACUUGUUAUUCCAGUGAAAAAAUGGGAUGAUGUCAAACCGAAGCACUGCUGCUCAAAUUAGAAAAGGCUGUUAUAUGGUUUUUAAAUAAUCUGUUUUUCCCCGUUCCGCUGUUUUGUGAAGUAAAUAAAGUCACACCAUCUUGUCUUUUGUGUUA